AUGGCUUCACCUUUGGACUCAAUAAAUAUAAUAAGAGAGGGUGCUUAUCUUCCAGCAACAGCUACACUGUGUUCACUCAUAAUUUUCUUGUGGGUUUUGCACAGAUUUAGCGUGCAAAGGAAGAAUAGAUUGGGAUUCAGAUUGCCCCCGGGACCGUUUGCAUGGCCCAUUAUUGGAAAUCUGAACCAGUUGAAAAGGCUUCCUCAUCGCGAUCUUCAUGAACGUGGUAAGAAAUAUGGGCCCAUCAUGAUGUUAAAAUUGGGUUCUGUUCCCACUGUUGUUGUUUCUUCUUCUGCCAUGGCAAAGGAGUUCUUGAAAACCCACGAUAAUGUUUUCGCCAGCCGACCUCAAUCUGCUGCAGGGAAACACCUUGCUUAUAAUUACAAGGAUAUGGUGUUGGCUCCUUAUGGGCCUUAUUGGAGGCACAUGAGGAAGCUGUGCGUGGUGGAAUUGCUGAAUGCCAAAAGGAUCGAGUCCUUCAGUUGUGUACGAGAGGAAGAAAUGCUUCUCACUGUUCGUUCAGUGUGGGAAAUGUCUGGGCAGGGUGAGAAACUUGUUAAUCUCACCAACUUGUUUUCAUCUUUUACGCAGGCAGUCAUGUGGCGAAUCCUUUCCGGUACUAAAAUUUCUUCUCAGAGUGACGCUCAAGUGGGUGGGAAUGGCGAAGAGAUAAAGAAGCUUGCAGUAGAGGCGGCAGUUACAGUAGGAGCUGUCAAUAUCGGGGACUUCAUUCCUUACUUAGACUGGAUGGAUUUGCAAGGCGUGAAGCGGCGGUUGAAAAAGGUACACAAUUCCAUCGCCCAAGUGAUAAAAAAAAUAAUAGAGGAACACGAGCAGCGCAGGAUGAAGUUGCAUAAGGACAAGGACAAGGAGCAGGAGCAGAAUGCUGCUACUAAAGGCCUCAUUGACGUGCUCUUAGAAAUGGAAAGCCUUGAUGGAAAGGCAAUCACAGAGGAAAACAUUGAAGCCAUUGUUUUUGUACGAUAUAUUCUUGGCUGGAGUUGA